AUGGCGUCUGAUUCCGAGUCCUCGGCUGUCGCUCUGCAGCGCUACAUUGCCUUUGUCGAAGAGGUUCUGCGUCCGCAACUUAGGCAAACACUCGCUCAUCGUGAUGCAUUAGCUCAGGAGGUGCACGAAUACCAGAAAUUGCGUGAAUUGUUGCAGGAAUUGACCAAUUUAAAGCUUCAGUCAUUGCAUACAUUGCUCGAUAUUGGAGAGCGUUUUCACGUACGUGCUAAAGUGGAUGACACGUCACUCGUUACAGUGGACAUUGGUCUGAAUUUUCACGUGGAAAUGACGGUCUUAGAAGCUCAAAUAUUUGUACAGAAGCAUUUAUUCCACUUGACUGAGAAGCGAAACAAGUGGCAGGAAAAAGCACGAGAAGUAGCAGACCACGUGAACCUCGUGCUUGCCUCGAUUCAACAACUUGCAGCUUUACAGUGA